AUCAGCUGAUGUAUAUAAACAACGAUUUCGCAUUGCAACACCACUUCAACAAAAUGUAGGCUGCUAGAGAAAACCACGAUAGAUUUGUGCUUAGAAAUGGAACCUAGGUGAAAUCCAGACGGAACAGAAAAGGCGAGAAAAUGACGAACUCAAUACAACAUGCAAAUAUGAACCACAACAUCUCCAUGAUGCGACGGCAGAAAAAACGGAGUAUACGGAGUAAUUUUAACGGGUUCCACCCUCGGCGUCCCCCGAAGUGCGGGCAGGACGGGUGUUGUGUUCUUCGCUGCUGGCCAAGCGAGGGUUAGGCAUCGAAACAAGCACAACAGAUCCCGAUUCCAAGCCCAAAAUACACAACAAGGAGCACAGACUAUAAACACACAUCAUACGCAUUGCAACAUCUACAUCGGAGAGAAUUUCGCUACCAAGUUGCAGGCGGCUUUUCAGUUUGAGAAAUCCCUCCGGCAGAUUGAUCCUGAAGACGGAUUUGUGCAGUGCAAGUUUGAUCCUUUCAAACGGUACCAGGAGAUGAAUUUGUCCGGCAUGGCAGCGAGGAUGAAGGAGUGCCCCAAUGCUGGUGGUGAUUCAGUUGAGUCAGAGGUAUUGAGUUUGGAGUUGCUCCAUCGGUGCUUCGGGGCCAAGCUGUUGAAGACCGAGAUGGAGGUGCAGUACUUCCCGUACGGGGGAUCCAUCGUCGACUACACCUGCGAGAUGUUUGGGGUCAGUUUGGGCGUGUCCGUUACCAGGGCGAUGAAGUACAAGGGAGAGUUUGAGAAGGAGGACGCAGAGAAGUUGUUGGGCAAGAAGUUGAGGGGUAUCAUGAACGCUACCCAGAAUGCAUUGGAUAAAUGGUCCAAGCAGAUCCUCCACAUCUGGGCGACCUCCACCAAGGUCGCUGACGUCUUGACCUCCGUAUACCAUGACCUUUCACCUCAGUUGAGGACCAAUACCGUUGUAUUGGUUACCAUAGUAACCACUCCCCAGCAUUCCUUGUUCAAGAACUCAAGAUGACCCAUGCUGUCAAUAUAAUUUUAUAUAUUUUUGUAUGGAAAUCUUGUAUUUGUAUUCAUGAAAUACAGUCUGUCUUUCAUUUCGAAAGUAUAAUUGAAUUUAUGUUCAAACCCCAUCGCAAUAUUGAAUACUUUUAUGUUUUAUAUAUACUUUUUAUCUGAAUUUCUAAAGAAAUACUUUUAUUAUGCAACCUCUAUUGAAAGCUGAAUUUUUUAUAAUGGACAAACAGUGGCGUACCUAAGAUUUUCCACAGGGGGGGCAAAUUUGUCCACCAAAAAAUUUGACGAGCAAAAACAAACAAAAAAGGUCUUCAACCACAAAUAAAGGAUUUCGAACCAGAUAAAAAUUUGACAAGCAAAAAAAAAAAAGAAAAAAAAAAGGUCUUCAACCACAAAUAAAGGAUUUCGUACCAGAAAAAAAUUUGACAAGCAAAAAAAAAAAAGGUCUUCAAGACUCGUCAGGGGGGGGGGGGCAGGGGUAUGUCCCUCGCAUGGGUUGUGACUCGUCAGGGGGGACAGUCUGCGCCCCCCCUCCCCCCCCCCCCGAAGGUACGCUAGUGUGGACAACUCACCAUGCUUUUAUUUUUCUACAAUUUUAUGCAGUAUUUUCUAUCACCAAAUAUGUUUCAACUCAAGUGUGCAGAUGCAUGUAUGCUGAUGUCUGUACUAAAUGCAAGCAAUGCUCUACAAGUAAAAACUAUGCAGUUAACCUAGUUAGCUAAAUUCAAAAUAGUUUAGUUCUCAAUAAUCUACCUAAAUUUUCCAACUCACUUGUGAAGUUAACUGAAAGCUAAUGAAGUCAGCUUAGAAAUAAAUUCAUCAAGAACUUGUACUUACAUAUGUCGAGAAAGAGAGGGAGAGAGAGAGGGGGAGAGAGGGAGAUAGAGAUAUUGAGUAGAGAGAAAAUGUAGUUUGGGAGGUGCUAGUAAUUAAGUAAUAGAAAAACCUCAUGUGUCGCAAGCAAUAUAUUUAUUGUAAUUUAUCUGCCAGAGUGCAUUAACUGUUUGUAUUUAGUUUCAUAACUUUGUAUUUUUAUGCUAGAUAACUUUUCUUCACUUCAUAAAAAAUAUAUCAAAGAACCAAAUGUGAGGAAUAGAUCAAUGAAAUUCAUAUUUUUAUAGUUUUUGUAAAUAAAAAUUGCUUCACAAGCACUAUCUAAUGUUAUAAAAAAAAGUAAAAUAUAUUCAUGUGUUCCAAGAGCGGAUAAGAAAAAAAAUACACAGGGUUAUUAUCUAAUCAACAGAUAUUUCAUGAAAUUCAUAAAUGUUUCCUGAUUUUUUCUGAAAAAAAAUUAAACAUAAGAUUUUGUUUUAUUACUUUUUGAAGAAAUCAUGAUUCCAAUUUUGUAAAAUUAUACCAUCGUCAGUAAUAGUUGUUUUGGUUCAACCUGAGCAUAUAAAAAGUCAGCAAGUUUAUAUCGACAUUUGGUUUGCCAAUAUAUUAUAUAUGAGGAUGUCCAUGAACUAUGGAAAAAAUUUUCUUCAAGCUACACCACUUUAUAACGAGCUUUAUUUGUAAAUUCCAUUAAUUACUUUGGGAAGGCUGAAUAUUAAAAGGUAAACAACAAUUAA